AUGGUGUUGCAGACUCUAAAAGAUCGGAGUUUACCAGCCUCUGCCACAACAUCUAACUCCAUCACUUCAACAACUGAAACUCAAACAUUUACAACUCCUUCAACAUCUCCUGCUAGCACAAGCUCUUCUACAACUGAGACUCAAACAGGAGCACCUAUAGCAUCUCCUGCCAGUACAAGCUCUUCUACAACUGAGACUCAAACAGCAGCACCUAUAGCACUGCCUUCCAGUACAAGCUCUAUAACAGAGACUCAAACAGCAGAAUCUACAAUGCGGAAUUUCAAUUUCUCUGAAAUCUAA